GCAUUGGUUUCAUUACCAUUGACCACCACCACCCUUCUUCAUAUAAUUCCAAUGGUUCCCUCCUCCUAAGCGCUGCUUCAUCUCUCUGUGUCUCUCUCUCUCUCUCUCUCUGUCCCCGUCUGUCAGUCUCUCUCUCUCUUUCUCCGAGGAAGUAUCAUACCAACCUGGAAGCAAACAGAGGAAAGCUCCGAGGCUUCACUUAAUCUCUUGUAGUACUUUUGAAGGCCUGGAUCCCUUUCCUCCUAUUCCUUAACCACACCUCAAAAAAAUAUUUUAAUUAUGUAACUUCUCCUUCUCCAAUUCCCAAUCCAUUAAAUUACAAAAAACAACAAAAAAAAAAGAAAAAAAAGAAAUUUAUAGAUAAUCUCUUUCUUAUAAUUCCUUAAUCUGGCUUUCCCCCCUUCCCCAUUUAUCCCUUAAUCAAAACUUUAUAAAAACUCCAAAUCAUGUAACUUUUUUUCCAUCGAAAGUCAAUCCCUCCCAAAAAAUUCAUAAAAAAAAAAAAACCAAACCUUUACAAAAAUCGUCAAAUCAUGUAAUUUUCACCCAAAAAAAAGGUAAUUUUGCAAAACAGUGAAUUUUCAAUGCCGAUGGAUGCUGAGAGCCCUAAUUUAUCGGCGCCGGCAACGCCCGGCACUCCCGGAGCGCCGCUCUUCUCGUCACUCCGGGUGGAUUCUCUGUCAUACGAUCGAAAAGCCAUCCAGAGCUGCGGCAAAUGCCUGCCCGUUGAUUCCUGGAUGUCUCCCCAAUCGUGUAUCACUGCCUUCCCAAAGCCCGACGUGUCGCUCACUCGCAAGCUGGGAGCCGAAUUUGUGGGCACAUUCAUCCUCAUCUUCUUCGCCACCGCGGCCCCAAUCGUGAACCAAAAAUACGACGGAGCAGAAACCCUAAUCGGCAAUGCGGGCUGCGCCGGUCUGGCCGUCAUGAUCGUGAUCCUCUCCACCGGCCACAUCUCCGGCGCACAUCUCAACCCCUCUCUCACCCUCGCCUUCGCCGUCCUCCGCCACUUUCCCUGGAUUCAAGUUCCGGCCUACAUCGCCGCGCAGGUCACCGCCUCCAUCUGCGCCUCCUUUGCUCUGAAAGGGAUCUUCCAUCCUUACCUCGCCGGCGGAGUUACGGUGCCUUCUGUAACCGUGAGUACGGUUCAGGCUUUCUUUAUCGAGUUUGUCAUCAGCUUCAAUCUGCUCUUUGUGGUCACGGCGGUGGCGAAGGAUACUCGAGCGGUGGGAGAGCUUGCGGGGAUAGCGGUGGGGGCCACUGUGAUGCUUAACAUAUUGGUGGCUGGGCCAUCGACCGGCGGAUCAAUGAACCCGGUUCGCACUCUGGGCCCGGCAGUGGCUGCCGGAAACUACACGCAGAUAUGGAUCUAUCUGGUGGCACCGACUGUCGGAGCCAUCGCGGGCGCUGCCGUGUACACCUCCGUGAAGCUCACCGAGGAAGUUGAACCCGUUACUCCCCGCCAGGCCCGAAGCUUCCGCCGUGGCUGAUAUAGCACUCAUGCUGUACAACUGAAGAGUGCAAUCCCACGCACGUGUGUGUAAUAAUAAGUAAUAAUAUUGUAAUAAUUAUAACUACCUUCCUCGUGAUACUUUGAGUUGGGCCUGUUUGGGCUCGUGACUUUUAGUUGGGCCUGUUUGGGCGAUGUGAUAUGUUUGUAUCUCUGGUCCGUAAAUGCUUUGGUGUUGCGAGAGAGGUGGUUGUAUGUGUGUGUUUGUUUGUGUUUGUUGUGAGUUGUGGAAGAAUAAAGCGUGGGAGAUAUAUAAGAAGGAUUAUGUAAUGAAAGUUGUGUGACGUCA